UCUCUCUCUUCAGUAGACACUAUGAAAACUACAUAAAAGGUCAUAAAAGGUUUGAAACAUACAUCUCUCAGUCUUCUCAAGUCUCUCAAGCUAGUGUCCGCCGAUAAACAGGCCCAAGCGUGUUAGCACAACAGAAGUGUGCUGUAAUCAAAUAAAUCACUAAAAACAUAUCACACUGUCCAUAUACAGGCAGAUCAACAACAUUGUACAGAAUAUAUAAAUAAGUAAAACAAUUACUUACAAUUUAAAAAACUACAAUUUUAAAGUUAGAUUUUCUAGAUUUAGCAUAAUCCAAUUUGCUGAUGACACUGGAAAUGUCUAUUUCACACAGAAAUUCAUGUUCAAUGCUCAUUAGAGUGAAAUUGUUCAAUCUGUGUUGGCCCAUGGUGCUCCUUACUUCAUUUUUAAUCCUUUUCAGUUUUGAAAAUGAGCAUUCUCCGUGUAGAAAAGGGCACAGGGACUCUGGAACUACUGUCAGUUUAAGGUGAGGGGAGAUUUGAGAGAGAGUGUUUUCCACAUGGAGACUGGUAUUUAUUUAAAAUGGAUUACCUGAGGAGAUAGUGGAGGCAGGUACAACUUCAAUGUUCAAAAGUUGUUUGCACAGGUUCUUGGAUAGGAGAGGCAUAGAGGGACAUGUGGGUAAUGCAGGCAAAUUAAAUUAAUGUAUAUGCGCAUCAUGGUUGGCAUAGAUGGGGAUGGCUGUAAGGGCUCGUUUCUGUAUUAUGUCUUUGAUUCCAUGAUCCAUUUGUAUGUUGUCAUUGUUUCUGCUGAUAUUUACAUCCCAUGUCACAUCUCAGUAUAGCAAAUGCCUGGGUAAUCAAUCAAUUGCAUUUUUAUAAACGACUACUGUAUAAGUCGAUUUUUGAGGGGUGGAAGGAGGAGGGGGAGAGAAGGGAAUGGGAGAGGGAAGGGGAGGGUCGAGGGAGAGGAGAGGGGAAAUAGUUCUGCAGUUUAUAGGAAGAAAAGCAUUGUUUAAAAUAACAUUCUAGUUAAUUCUACAAGAUUUUAAAAUCAUUGAUACUAUACAUUAGUUAACAGUAGAUACCAGUAGUAGAGGCCAAUUGCAUUUCCUGUCAUUCCGUGAGGGUGCCUAUUGUAAAGUGUGUCAGUUGUUAAGCACUUUCAUAAUAUAAAUGUAGCAUAAAUUCAUGUUGAUAAGCAAAAACAGCCUCAUUCUAAAACUAUUUUCCUAUAGUUCAAAGAUAAAUUAGAAAAUUAUUGUCUUACUAAUGAUAAUUUUGACCUUAAUUAUUGCAGAAGGUGACCUAAUAGUGUCUAUGAAUUGAAGAACUGUGGAAGUCAUUGUGGAUAAAGAUGUUCUUAUUGAAUUUCGUGUGUCUGGUUACAAGGCCGGUGAAAUUGACCUUAGAAGCGUUGGAGUUCAGUGGUUCUUUCAAAAACUUGGCUGUUCUGACAAACAAGUAGUAUAUCAGUUCAAUGGACGAAAGCAUGCACCAUACAGACUUCCCCUUCCUGAAGUCCACAGUCAGUUCCUUGGUCUUUUUGAUAUUGAGUGCAAGGUGCUGUGCAACACUACAUCAACGCCAGAUGAUGUUAAUACAUCCCUCAUCCUUCAACUUUGGCAAGGAUCCUCAUUCCUGACCCAAAAUAUUAAGUGAUUUCACUUUCUGCAGAUGUUGUUUUUUUUGUGUUCCAGUAUCUGCAAUUUCAUUUGUUUUCUCUCAAAACAAAAAAAGCCGAAAGGAAGACAGAUUUGCUUGUCACCUGACAGACUCGAAAUAUGAAAGGUUUCACCACUUGAUUUCCUUCCUUUCAUGCCUGCAAUUGGGAGCUCCCAAGACUUGACCUAGAGAGCCAGAAUAUGAUUAUCACCAGGGCUACAAUGUUGUUGAACAUCAGACACCCUUGCCUUUUAUCAACAUCACGAUUGCUACCACUGGUAUUGUUACGUGGCAAUAAUACCAAUACCAAACCUUAGCGAAAAGCUUUUCUUUGGAAGUCAUCCAGGCAGGUCAUUCCAUAAAUAAGUAUACUCAGGUAGCAAACAUAAGAGAAUGCAUUAUAUAGUGAUGGGUUUAGAGAGAUCAAGUGCAGGUGAAGAACAAGAGCCAGACUAGUAGAUUGGUUAUGGAUUACCAGCAGAAAGGUCUCAGGGCCAGCUACUGUUAAAAAUUACGAACACAGAGGUCCCUAGUGGGCUCUGGCCAUAGGUUUUAUUUUGGGAAAGGGACGAGGAGAGGCGCUGGAUCGGCAGCAGUCGCCGCCUGGCGAAGCGCUAAAUGAUUCUCCCUCUCCGUGGAUGAGCGGGGCCACCGGGACCCUGCAGCCGAGUUUCCCGCACACCGCUGCAGACUGCAGCCUCAGUUUUCCAUACGUCCCUACAACGUUCAGGGCAACGCGAUGUAUACCCCAUACCUGCGGAGACGGCGGUUGACAAGACAAAAUGGUUAAAUUAAAAUGUAGUCUAUGAUGGUGGGAAUUUACCCGAACAAACCACGUGAAGAAUACGAAAGUGAAAGCAGUUGUCUUCCAUCUGAAAUGGCGGCGGAGCUGAGUUCUUCUUCCAGCCGCGCCCGGGCGGUGUCGCGGCGAUACCGGUGGUCAAGGGCUCCGGGACCCUUGGUGUUGUUUCUGAUUGUUGUGUGGCUCACCGCUGCGGCAGAAACAUUGGAUAUGACCAUUUUUAGAAGUCCAAAGAAUGUACUUUUGUAUACGGACAUUACCUUGGAAUGUAAAGUUACUGAUUUUGGAUCGCCCAUUCUUGACCUAUCAAACGUAGGUGUUCAGUGGUUGUAUGGAUCCCAAAAGAAAGAAAUCUACACCUUUAAUGCAAGAAAUAUUACCGUUAAACGAUCUGGAGCCAAAAUAUCUGAAACUGAAUUAAAGAAAGGAGAUGCUUCACUUUAUCUUCCAAAUAUCCAAUUAAGUGAAGCAGGAGAAUACACCUGUGUUGUACUUGUCACUCCUGACAAAGUGGAAAAGAGCUCACGAGUUGUGAUUUUGGCUCAGCCAAAGGUGCUUCUGUCCACACAACACAUUACCAUUCGGAAUGGUACAGAGAAAUCUGUCUGGUGUGAUGCUACGGAAUUUUAUCCUCAGAUUGAUGAAAUCUUCUGGGAAAAGAUAUCCAGAGGAAUAGCUGAGAGAAUGGAAAGACGUGUCUGCACUGGAGCUGCAGUUUCUAAUAAUGAUGGAACGUUUAAUGUUUCUAGUAAUAUAAUAAUUGAACCAACUCCGAAAGAUGAUGGUAAUAUAUACAAGUGUACAGUGAGACAUCAGUCCCUUCCAGACAAACUUUCACAGGUGGUGAAACUCACAGUUGAGGUUUCAGAGCCUGAAUCAACUUCAACAGCAGCAGUGGUUAUUUCUGCACUUCUAGGAGUAUUUGGGUUACUAAUUGCUGCAGGACUUCUUGCUUAUUUCUGGAUCUUUCUAAAAGUUCCUCCAAAAAUUACUGGAUGCAGUGAACAUCAAGUUUUGAAACAUCAUGAAGAAAAAGUAGUCACUUGGAUGGUUAACUCAUUUCGGCCUCGUGAUGUUACAGUUGUGAUCUACGUAAAGAGGAGGCAGGAGGAUAAACAUCAGCUUCUGAAGUGGAGUGAUAAGGAUUGGAAUGAAAACUACAGUCAGCUUGCAUCAACAAAUGGACCAGAUCGUAAUGAAAUGAAGAUCCUUUUGCAGCCAGAUGUUGAAGAUGCAUCCUUUAAGCCACAGAUUUCUGAUUUCACAACUGACACACUUAAGAUUUCCAGUGUAGAAGUCAAUGUCAGAAUAUAUCCAGAUAUUUCGCAGGAUGAUGGGGCUGAGUUAAGUAUCGAAGUUCAACAUCGAGCACUGAAAGAGCCUAUAACUAGGACACUGACACUAGAUGUUAAAGGAGUGCCACCUAAGGUUUUAAACAUUUUGAUGCCUCCUCUCAUCAAGGACAAGGAACCUGCGGCUUUGUCUUGUUCAAUCAGUGGAUUUAAACCAAGGCCAUUAAGUAUUAUAUGGCAACAAAAGAGAAAGAAUGCAGAUUUGGAAGAACUUGUCCGGUUGCAGCUGGACAACACAACAAUCAUUGACAACAAGAUGAAUUUGAAGGCAAAGAAUUACAUCAGUGAAGUGGAGCAUGAAGACAAAACUUACAGCGUUACUAGUGUAUUAGUUAUUGUGCCAGAUAAACAGCAAGACCAGAGCUCGCAGUACUUCUGUAGCAUACUGCACCACUCCACUAACGACAAGCAAGAGAAAGCAAUAACCCUAAGCAUUACAGCUCCUCCAAAACUGGGCACUAUAAAGUGUGACGCAGCAAAACCAAUUGCAGAAGAGCCCGUGAACUUAAGCUGUCAAAUAAGUUCAUUUUUCCCCAGAGAUAUCACAGUUAAAUGGCUGAAAGAUGGCGUAGAACUUCAACAAAAUUCUGAAGUUAAUGAUGCAGUAAUUGGACAGGAUGAAGUCUAUCAUUUGACAGCUAAUAUGAAGAUUGCUCUUACCUUUGCUGACACUAAGACAAAAUACACAUGCCAAGUCAUACAUGAGAGCUUAUCAAAGCCAAUAGAGACUCACUGGGUAGCUGGUGAAGUGAUUUCAUUGCCAAAGAUCUCGGAAAUUAAGGCAGAUCCACCUUCCCCUGAAAUAGGAAAGCCUUUAACACUUUCCUGCAUGGCUUAUGAAUUUUAUCCAGAAGGAAAUCAGAUAUUCUGGUUCAAAGAUUUCAGUAAAAUUCAAAAUCCAUCAAAAGUAGGAAUAGUCACCGAAGCAAAUAAAGAGGAUUCCAGUGGUUUGUACUCACGAUCAUCCCAGUGGACAUUUACACCAACGACUGAAGAUCAUGGGAAAGAGUUCAAAAUGCAAUUCCUUCACUCUGAAACUUCAAGCAAGCCUGUGACAUCGAGUUACCGUCUGCAGUUAAGAGACAAGCUUGACAAGCAAGUUGUUAGCAAUGGAGUGAUCGGUGAAGACAAUGUUGACAAGAAAGACAGCAGCAUUCGAGCAAAAAGUGAAGACAAUGCUGUCAAUGAAGAUGACAGCAAUAGAGCAACAAGUGAAGCGGAAGUAUUGCAGAAGGUUUCAGAAAUAAAGUGCCUCACAGAAAAUCCUAAAAUUGGUCAACCAGUAACUCUUUCUUGCACUGUUAAAGAAUGUGCCCUCGAAGAGGCUCAUAUCAUCUGGUACAGAGAUGCUUAUCCGUUUGAUGAAAAGGAGUUUGUUACAAGCAAGCCACUUGAAAAUGCUAGCGGUUUCACCACUGAACUAACUUAUACACCAAAAGCAAAUGAUAAGCAUCACAUCCAACUGCAACUUGAAUUUAAUUUGGAAGAACAUAUGAAACAGUAUGACUUGAUAUUUAGUUGAAUUUAUGCAGCAUUUUUUGGAAGAGUGAGCAUGGGAACUCUUUUUAAAUUGAAGAACGCACUUCAAUUAUAGGUAGUCCCCGAGUUAUGGACGUCUGACUUACAACUCGCACUUAUGAACCGAGGAAGGAGAACGCCAUCUGCCAUUUUAAGUCGUUGCCGUUGACACUGUGUUGAGUGUUUAACUAUGUAUUUGGCUUAAAUUUUUCUUAGUAAGAUUCACCCUGACCCUGCCCCAUUCAGUUCCAGUCGGCUGGUGGCACAGUGAGAUCAGCGCCGGGCUUGAGAACGGAGGUCCCAGGUUUGAUCCAAUGACAGAGUGCUUCUGUGCUGGGUUGUUGUUGAUCCACUGAUUCCUAUACCAUCCGUGCCAGGUUGAUGUCGAUCUAGUGACUCCCGUACCAUCUGUGCCAGGUUGAUGUCGAGCUCGCUAAAAAAAAACCUACUGCCACCUCCAGUUUAAAUUCACACGUGGAAUAUUGUGGAGGAUCAAAUACCCAAACCCAGCACAGCCCCCACUUGUCCUGUUUAACCUGUCUCAGAGCGGUGGUCUUUCGGACCCAGCGGACCUCGGGACCCACCACCCGCAAUAUUUCUGUUCCAUUGACGGGAAGGGAUCACGAUUGAAAAUAAAGUGAACAUAAUAGUAUUUGGAAAGAGGUGGAACGCCAUCCGUGAAUGGAAAAGCGUUAGGCUACAGUCAGUGAACGAUUGGAACAAUUUUAAAGGAUAAUGGAUAAAGUGAGAAUAAUGGAGCAUGUGAAAUGCCCUGCCCCGAUGAAAGCUACAAUUAUUACUAACCAACGCAGUGGUUUAAUUAUUGGAAUACAUAUGUUUCUUAAGUGUUUUAUAUGAAUAGAAAGGUAAAAUAUAUACUAAAAGCGUUUGACUAACUGUUGCUAUAAUACCAGAUGUACUUGUUCAGACUUAAAGAUGGACUCAGGAACAGAACUUGUACGUAACCCAGGAACUGCCUAUAUAACUGAGAAUAAAAUAAUUUAUGUCAACUUCAUUGUUCUUUUGCAGUUUACCAUCCAGUACCCAUUCACCAUUCUGAUUGGUAAAUUAAUCCAGUUUAGUUAACAUACCAUUUAUUUAAGUCACAGAAGUUGCACAAUUGUGAGGCAGACAGUGAUUUAGUUGAAGAUGUAAGGAGAAAUUAAUUGAGGAUGGCAGAUGUGUCCCAAGAUCUUGUGUACAAUAGGAGUUGUCUGAUCUGAUGCAUUAAGCCACAAUGAUUUAAUUAUGUCAAUCUGCUGGACAAAUCCACUGAAUCAUUUAUUACAGUUCAGUUGAACUCCUGUGCCAUUUGGACAAAAAUGUACCUACUAUUGGUGCAUUUACGAACAUUGACUCUCUCCUUCCUUUGCCCCCAGCUAAUCAGGUGGAUCAAUUUUGUAAAUUUUCUAGAAACACAACAAAAUGCUAGAGGAACUCAGCAAGUUGGGCAGCAUCUGUUGAGGGGAAUAAACGGGCAAUGCACACAGAGGAAUCAGAAACUACAGAGCACAGGUUUAAGGUGAGAGGGUAAGAGUACAAAAGGGACCUGAGGGACAGCCUCAUACUGGUAUUAUAAAAACAUUUUAGUAUUUGGAUGAGUACCUGGAUUGGAAGGUUUCAAAGGAAUAUCAUGGGCAAAUUGAUUUUGAAAAAUGAUUUUCAAACUUCUGGUAAUUGCCCGCCCCUUUAGAAAUUCCCCAUUCCCGUUUUCCCCUCUCACCUUAUCCCCUUACCCAUCCAUCCCCUUCCUCUGGUACUCCUCCCCCUUCCCUUUCUUCUAUGGUCUUCUAUUCUCUCCUAUCUGAUUUCCCCUUCCCCAGACCUUUUAUCUCUUUAUCCAACCAACUCCCCAGCUCUUUACUUCACCCCUCCCUCACUCCGUUUCACCUAUCACCUACCACUUUGUACUUUUUCCUCCCCUCCCCCAGCCAUCUUACUCUGAUCUCCUUUUUUCCCCUACUCUUGAUGAAAGGUCUCAGCCAGAAACAUUGACUGUUUACUCUUUUCCAUAGAUGCUGCCUGGCCUGCUUGCAUCUCUGGCCCUUCAUUAUUGCAAGGUUUUAACAUUUUAGAACUAAUGUUAAGGUUGUUGGAAUUCAGUAAAGUGGACUAGAAUUGCAGUCACAGACCAUUUAUUACCAAGGGUGUAACAAUCCCAGUUGUAUGUGGAACCCCUUUUCUGUCUUUAAAUGUUAACUAUUGUAAACCAGAAAGGGGAUUUCUGCAAUCCAGCAUUGACACCAGAAAGCUUGAUUGCAUCAAAGAAUUAUGUGUACUGUUUACUGAGAGGUGUUUUAAUUUUCAAAAGAAUUUUAGACAUCAGUCAUUAAUUAUUAGACCAUCUGCAUGUGAACACAUUUGAAGAUGACAUAUAAAUUUUGUAUAUUAACAUUUUUAAGAUUUACAUGUAUAUGUUACGUCAGUUUGGGAAGUAUUGAGCCUUUUUGUACAAGUAUGUAUGUGAAAUGUCUAAACUUUCAUGUGUUAGCCUAAGCUUAGAAUGGAAUCAACUAAAGCGGUGUCCCCAAUAUAACUGAAUAAUCUAUGCUUGUAUGCAAGUCUUAAAGUUAUCUUAAUUUUUACAGAGAGAUGAAGGAAACUGCUGAUAAAUAUGAUGUACUGGGAUUUAUUUGGUAGUCCAUCUGGUAAUUGGAAAUUGUGGUGAGAAAAGGAACAAAUACACCAUUCAUUGAAAAUUGUAUGCUAGUUAACAACUGGUUUUAAAUUGGAUUCGGAUAUGCACCAGGAGAAUUGGUAGAGAAGAUCUUGGAUGAAUUUCUUGUGGGGCAAAAACAUCAUGAAUGUACUUGUCUUUUUUAUUGUAUUAAAAUAUAUUUUCAUUAAACGUAUUUGAAUUCUAGAAAACCAAGUAAACAAUGGUGAUAGUUUGUGUAUAUGAAUGUAAUGCCUCCUAACAAUUACAUCUAGCAUUUG